AUGGCGCCAAAAGUUGUAAAAAAAAAAAAAAACAAAUUAAAGGUUUAUGACCUCGAUGAGUCAAAAAAUAUUUUUUUAUAUGUCUAUGAACAUCAAUUAAAAAAUGAAAAAAUAAAUUGGAAAAAAGCAGAAGAAUUAAAAAUAACAAGACAUAGUGGAAGUUCUAUGAGGGGGCAUUAUGUAAAUUCAAUAAAAAAUGAAAUAUCCUUAUAUUUAGAAAUGUAUGCUGAAGAGGUAGCUAAAGUUUUUAACAAGGUUAAAAAAUGGAAAAAAGAUGAAAAAAAAAAAAUAUUACUAUUUCAGAAUAAUUUUGUUAAGCAAAAAUCUAACAUUUCUUUAGACAGAUUAACAAAACGUAAAAGUACAAAUUAUAAUAAAUUUAAUUCAUUAAUAAUUAGUAAGGCCUUUUCAAUGGUAAGUAUAAAAAAAAACAUGAUAUCCAAUAAAAAAUACAAUUUCUUGACCAGAAAUAAUAAAGCUGAAACAAAAAAAAAAAAGACAGCUAUUAGUGUUAAUACAACUAAUAAAAGUAAUGAUAUAAAUAAAAUAUCCAUAAAAAAGAACAAAAUAAAACAAAUGAAAAUAGUAAACCCCCAAAAAAAAAAAAAUAUAAAAAAAAAAAAAAAAAAAAAUGUAAUAAUUAAAAAUGCUCUAGAGAAGCCAAAUAAAAAUUUAAAUACUAAAUUUCGCGAUGAAAUAAAUGGAAAAAGAAAUUCAAAUUGCAUAAAAGAAGACAAUGGAGACUCUAAUAAUUGGGAUCAUAAAAAUAAAAAACAAAAAUUAAAAGAUCAAAAGGUAAUUAAUGAAAAAAUAGAAAAAAUGUAUUCAUUGGAAAGUAUAAACAACGAAAUAGAUCAGUUAAAUAUUAUAAAUAAAAGUAUUAAAAAUAAUUGUGAUUUGGAGGAAACAAUAAAACUUGAAAAAAAUUCACCUAGAAAAAGUAAUGAAAAUAAUAGCCCUUAUCAUGGAAAAAUAAAAAAUAAAAAGUUUCCACAUAAGUAUAAUAGCAAAGAGUAUAAUAAAGUAAAUAUGUCAUUUAAGCGUAUAUCAUCAAAUAAUAAUACAAAUAAAAGAAAGGGAAAUUCAAUAUCUUCCGUAUUUUCAUAUCUUUAUAAAAAAGUAUUUUAUUAA